GAAGUUGUGGUUCUUCAACGGUUAAACUGAUUUUCAGACGUGGAGUUAAGACAGAGCCUCACGUAUAAUAUAACAAAACCAAUGAAAUACUGUAUGGACCACAGCCUAGACUUAUGGAUUCAUUGCUCUUUAACACCGAGAUACGGAGGUGUAUUUUGCUCUGAAAUGACGGUAUGACAUGUUUUGUUUAUAGUAAAGACAGCCAAAGCUCGUCCAUCGAUCGUAGAGAAACUAACGUCAUAUUAGCCAGAAACGAGACUUGACCUGUCUGGAACAAAAACCACAAAAUGAGUGGAAAAAUGUCACCGGUUCCCGUCCUACCGCUAGUGAUUAACUGUUUUAUGUCUGUGCUCGGAUGCUUGGCCACUAUUAAACUUAUCCCUGCUUUUAAAGAGCAUUUCAUCUCAGCUAAAUUGUACGGAAUGGACCUAAACAAAACCUCCAAAAAGGAAGUUCCAGAGUCCCAGGGGGUCAUCAGUGGGACGGUCUUCCUCAUCAUCCUCUUCUGCUUUAUCCCAGUGCCUUUCCUUAGCUGCUUUGUAGGAGAUCAGUGCAUGGGUUUUCCACAUGAUGAGUUUGUACAGCUGAUCGGUGCACUCCUGGCCAUCUGUUGCAUGAUCUUCCUUGGCUUUGCGGAUGAUGUGUUGAACCUGCGGUGGAGACACAAGCUCCUGCUUCCCACCAUGGCAUCCUUGCCCCUGCUCAUGGUCUAUUUUACCAACUUUGGCAACACAGUCAUUGUGGUGCCCAAACCAUUUAGAGCCCUGCUUGGACUGCACUUGGAUAUGGGUAUUCUCUACUAUGUUUACAUGGGAAUGCUUGCUGUAUUCUGCACAAAUGCAAUCAACAUCUUAGCUGGAAUCAAUGGCAUCGAGUCUGGCCAAGCCCUGUUUAUUUCUGGCUCCAUCAUUAUAUUUAACCUCCUGGAGCUCAGUGGAGAUUACCGUGAUGACCAUGUUUUCUCCCUGUACUUUAUGAUACCAUUCUUCUUCACCACAUUAGGACUGUUUUACCACAACUGGUAUCCCUCAUCUGUAUUUGUGGGAGACACUUUCUGCUACUUUGCUGGGAUGACCUUUGCUGUAGUAGGCAUCCUGGGACACUUCAGCAAAACUAUGCUGCUGUUCUUUAUUCCCCAAGUGGUUAACUUUAUCUACUCCCUGCCUCAGCUCUUCCAUAUCAUCCCCUGUCCCAGACAUCGACUCCCCAGGCUAAACCCAGAUACAGGCAAGCUGGGGAUGAGCUACUCUAAAUUUAAAAGAAAGGACCUCUCUAAGUUAGGUCAUCUAAUUUUGAAGGUGGCAGAGUUAUUGAAGCUGCUAGAGGUGCGACGGGACCCGAAGGGAGAAGAUGAAUUUAUUGAGUGCAACAACAUGACCUUAAUAAAUUUAGUGCUAAAAUUAUUUGGUCCCAUCCAUGAAAGAAAUCUCACAGUCAUCAUGCUCAUUAUUCAGGUGAUGGGAAGCACUAUGGCUUUUGGAAUCCGUUAUCAUCUAGUUCGUCUCUUUUAUGAUGUCUAGAUGACUCUGCAAGAAAAGGAGAGAAAGCUGCCUGAGAAAAUAUGAUGCUAUUUGUUAUGGAACUAUUUUACAGGCUUAUGGUUCUUCUGCCUUUUAACAGAGUCCAUUGCCUCACUGUUACUUUUCUGCCUCACUCUUAACAUGCAGUAAAGACCCAGUGAAAGUUAAUUUCACAUAAAAAAAGGAAUGAUUAAGGGUCUAAUGCAGUCUUGUUUUGGAUCCACCUUCCAUCAUGGGUAUCAGUAAUUAUAAGCAGAAAGAGGUUAUUUUGGAAAAUGGUUAUUUGUCAUCAUUUCCAAAUGUGUAUUUUUGUAUUGCAGUCCAAUAAACAAAGAAACAGUAGUAUGUCAAAACAAUGUAGAGUAAGCAAAGUUUUGUUUUGUUUUUUUUUUUUUUUGUGGCAGCAGAGCAAAUGCCACAGUCUGACUGCUCCUGAACUGUUACCAAAGAUAACAGUGUAAAAAUUAGAAGUUCUCUUUAGUGGGUUUUUUUUCACUAUGAUCCAUUGCUUGAUUGUCUGUUUAAAAUGAAUUAACUCACAUUACUAUCAAUCCAUACAGCAAGUGGGGAAACUAUAAUUUUCUCUACCUCGAAUAAAGAAUAAACGCACACAGAAUGUUUAUAGUGAUUAAAGCAAUGAAAAAAGGAGAUGGAGAAAUGUAGCCACGUAACUGAAGGAAUAUUAGUAAGAUGAUUUGAGAUUACAGUGUCUGGGUUGUAAAGAUUACUUUUGUUAUAUGGGAGGUGGAAGGACUGUUGACUACAACAGGAUGACUUAAUUGUGUCUGUGUUGUAUUAUGGGGCGCAAAGUUGUAUUUUUAUGACUGACAAACAUUUUUGCCCUAAGGGUUCAGUAUGCAUCAAUGUGAAGUCAAAUGGCACUGGACUAUUUUGUUUAUGAACAUAAUUACACAUGAGCAAUUGUUUACUGUUAAAAAGGAAAGACUCAGCUUGAUAAAUAAAAUCUCUGAAAAAAAA